AUGUCUUCUGCGAAUGAUUUUGGAAGAUCUAUGUCUUCUGCAAAUGAUUUUGGAAGAUCUAUGUCUUUUACAAAUGAUUUUGGAAGAUCUAUGUCUUUUACAAAUGAUUUUGGAAUAUCUAUGUCUUCUGCAAGUGAUUUUAGAAGAUCAGUGUCUUUUACAAAUGAUUUUGGAAUAUCUAUGUCUUCUGCAAAUGAUUUUGGAAGAUCAAUGUCUUCUGCAAAUGAUUUUGGAAGAUCUAUGUCUUCUGCAAAUGAUCUUAGAAGAUCAAUGUCUUCUACAAAUGAUUUUGGAAUAUCUAUGUCUUAUGCAAAUGAUUUUGGAAGAUCAAUGUCUUCUGCAAAUGAUUUUGGAAUAUCUAUGUCUUCGGCAAAUGAUUUUGGAAGAUCAAUGUCUUCUGCAAAUGAUUUUGGAAGAUCUAUGUCUUUUACAAAUGAUUUUGGAAUAUCUAUGUCUUCUGCAAAUGAUUUUGGAAGAUCAAUGUCUUCUGCAAAUGAUUUUGGAAGAUCUAUGUCUUCUGCAAAUGAUCUUAGAAGAUCAAUGUCUUCUACAAAUGAUUUUGGAAUAUCUAUGUCUUAUGCAAAUGAUUUUGGAAGAUCAAUGUCUUCUGCAAAUGAUUUUGGAAUAUCUAUGUCUUCGGCAAAUGAUUUUGGAAGAUCAAUGUCUUCUGCAAAUGAUCUUAGAAGAUCAAUGUCUUCUACAAAUGAUUUUGGAAUAUCUAUGUCUUCUGCAAAUGAUUUUGGAAGAUCAAUGUCUUCUGCAAAUGAUUUUGGAAGAUCUAUGUCUUUUACAAAUGAUUUUGGAAUAUCUAUGUCUUCUGCAAGUGAUUUUAGAAGAUCAAUGUCUUCUGCAAAUGAUUUUAGAAGAUCAGUGUCUUUUACAAAUGAUUUUGGAAGAUCUAUACAUCUUACGGUGACUUUUAGUUUGGGCGAAAUAUUUAUCUAA